AUGCGAGGCCAAAGAAGUGCCAAGUUUGCUGAGUACACUGCAACAUAUGCGAUUUUAAAGCGCCUGGGGUUGCAUGAUACAGUGCUAAUUGAAAAACGUGAUGCAUCUGUGGGUUAUGGUGUUUUUGUGAGGGAUGCGUGCGACGCAGGUACACCAUUGCUGGUGGUUCCCUCGCGACGUGCUUGCUCAGUGACUACUCUGGAGAGGUUGGGAGCGGAUGUGCGGAUGGUUGAGACGGGUGCGUUACUGAAACUUCACAAUCUGAAUGAUGGCGUGGUGUCGAGAAUACUGGGAUGCAGCGCAAACCAAUGGGCCACACUUGCAUGGCGUCUUGCUAUUGAGCAACAGCGAAGCCUUUCGCCUUGGUGGGGGUGGCUAAACGUUUUGCCAAGCUUCACGUCAUUUAGGACGAUGGAGGAAAAUUGUGAGCGUCUGUGUCGACUUCAUCAGGCACCACUAUUGCCAUAUUGGAUGGAUGCCCGACGUCGAAUUGAAGAGGAGGUCGUAGCUGCGCAUGAGAUAUUUGCUGAAGAAAACGUGGUGCCCUCAUUUUGUUACUUCCGUGGGGCGGUGGAUGUCAUAUUGUCUAGGGCUCAACAUUUACCUUUGUGCUGGACAACAGCUGAGGGCCAUCCUGUGGAGUUGGGCAUUUUGCCUUUCAUCGACCUCAUCAACGGACACGAUGGAGCUGACAGGAAGCGGAACGCCAGAGUGGAGGUGGCGUUUGCUGUAGAGGAAUUGCCUGUUUGGUAUCGUUCAUGGUUUGUGCAGGAAUCGGAGCGAGGCGGCAUCGAUGGCGAGAGGGAGCUGCGGCGUUUGAUGGAGGAGCAUUUCUUUGCCGUGGUUGUGUUGGAGCGUGGUUUAAUUGCCUCGGAGGAGGUGAUUCUUGAGUACGAAUUGCAGCCCUGGGACACAGGCUCAUUGGGUUCCGAGGAAGAACUGCUGUUGGGGAGACUCUUGAGAUACUUCUUUUGA